AUGGAGACGCCAACGGACCUGCCAGCUCGUCCUAAGCCGGCGGAAGACAGCCAGCCCGCCGAAGAUCAGAAACCUGCCGCAGAACAGAAGCCACCAAAAGAAAAAAAGCCCAAGGAGAAGAAUCCAAAAGAGAAGAAGCCAAAACCUGAAAAAGCUGAAUCUAAACGUGCUGCUCCAGCUUCCAAUGACCCGGAUGCGAUGUUUAAGGUCGGAUUCCUUGCCGACGUGUACAAGGAACGGCCCCUCGAGAGUACCGUCAACAAACAGGUUGUAACGCGAUUCCCCCCCGAGCCAAAUGGCUAUCUCCAUAUCGGCCACAGCAAGGCCAUGACUGUCAACUUCGAAUUUGCCAGAUACUACGGUGGAAUAUGCUACUUGCGUUUCGACGAUUCGAACCCGAAAGGCGAGGAGGAACGUUACGUCGAGAGCAUCAAAGACAUUGUCAGCUGGCUUGGUUUCACUCCAGUAAAGAUUACGCACACAAGUGAUUAUUUUGAUAAGUUGUACGAACUAGCGGAGAAGUUGAUCUUGAAGGAUAAGGCAUAUGUCUGUCAUUGUACAGACAGCGAGAUCAAGGCCCAGCGCGGUGCAGACGAGACCUCAGAUAAAAAGGGAAACGAAAGGUUUGCUUGUGCUCAUCGUGACCGUCCUACAUCAGAAUCUCUUGCAGAAUUUCGUGCAAUGCGUGAUGGGAAAUAUCGAGCUCGGGAGGCAGCGCUCCGUUUGAAGCAGGAUCUAGAGAACCCUAACCCUCAGAUGUGGGAUCUUUUCGCAUACCGAGUAGUCGAAACGGAUGACGGUAAUUUCGCAAAGCAUUUGCAGACUGGUGACAAGUGGAAGAUAUACCCAACAUAUGAAUACUGCCACUGUGUGUGCGAUAGUUUUGAAAACAUCACGCACUCACUGUGCACCACGGAGUUUGAACUGUCGCGUGAGUCCUACGAUUGGGUAGUAAAUGAGCUCGAUAUCUACAAGCCAAUGCAGAGAGAGUAUGGUCGCCUAAAUAUCAACGGCACUAUCAUGUCGAAGCGGAAGCUAGUUGAGCUCAUUGAAGGCAACGAGCCAAAAGGAUGCAACCGAGGAAAAUACGUCAAGGGAUGGGAUGAUCCUCGCCUUUUCACUCUCGUUGGUCUUCGCCGACGUGGAAUACCUCCCCAAGCUAUCUUAUCCUUUGUAAAAGAACUCGGUGUUACAAAGGCCAAAACGACAAUUGACGUUAAGCGCCUAGAGCAGUCUGUGCGAUCCUACCUAGAGUCAACGGUUCCUAGGCUUAUGCUUGUGUUGGAUCCCAUCCCUGUUGUUAUUGAAAACCUCCCGGAUGACUACGUGGAGAUGAUUGACCUGCCUUUCUCAAAAGACCCUAGCCAUGGGUCUCACACUGUACCAUUUACCAAGACCGUCUACAUUGACCGCAGCGACUUCAGAGAAGAAGCCUCUGACAACUUUUUCAGAUUGGCUCCCGGUGGGUCCGUUGGUCUGCUAAAGGUUCCCUUCCCUAUCACCGCUACAUCUUUCGAAAAGGAUCCAAACACGGGUCUAGUUACCUUGAUUCACGCGAAGUACGAUAAACCCGAAGGAGAUGAGAAGUUCAAGAAGCCUAAAGCAUAUAUCCAAUGGGUUGCUCUAUCUCCCGCUCACAACAGCCCUGUCAAUGUCGAAGUACAUAACUUCAACCCGCUUUUCAAAUCAGCGAACCCUGCCGGUCAUCCUGAUGGCUUCUUGGCCGAUAUAAACCCGGACUCUGAAGAGAUUCUCCCCAAUGCAAUCAUCGAGACCGGCUUCCAUGAAGUAAAGCAGAGGGCUCCCUGGCCAGCUAACAAGGGAGAGUCAACUACCGAUAGACCAUCACCUGCAUCAGUUCGGUUCCAGGGUAUGCGUGUAGCAUACUUCUGCGAGGACACAACAAGCACACCCGAGAAGAUUGUACUUAAUAGAAUAGUUACUCUAAAGGAAGAUGCCGGCAAAGCUUGA